AUGGAGAAAACAUCUCUCAAGCUUGUCUUCUUUGUAUUAAAGUUUGUGGUGUGUCUAUGUGAAGGUUCGUAUUUGGUUGAUGCAAGAGAGAUGGUGAAGGAAAAAGUGAAUUGCCUUGGAGGUAGCUGCAUGCCGCCGGUUGCAACUAUAAUAAAGCACAAAGCAAUUUGCACCGUAGAUAACGACUGCAAAGUUUACUGUCCUCCGAACUGCAGACAGAGAGGAGCAUUAGACUAUUAA